AACCCCUCACAUUAUACAGAUAAACUCUCACAUAAUAUCACACUCACACAUCUGACACUUUUCUGUGCGCUGAGACAUCCUUCGGCCCCACAGGUGACAACUUUCGGGUCACCGUAUCUCCCCAGUUCCACCUUAAUCGGGCGGUUCCCGGUUGCAACCAAUCCCCACUAGGGGGCGUUUACGCUCCCUACGGGCGCUGGCUACUACACCGCCAUAUUGGGAAGCGCAAUAUCCAGGUGACCCGCUGACAGCCCUUUACUAAGCCCAUGUCGGGCGUACGCCUGUCUCCGGGGUCCCCGGGCGUGGAACGAGUGUCCCGGACCCCCGGCUCCCCUCGCACCCCCGCACGCCGUUGCCUGUUCGGUCCCGUAGAUCACGGGCAGCUCGCGCAAGAGCUCGCCCGGAGCCAGCAGGCUCAGGAAGACGAACAGCGGGCGAAGUGGAAUUUCGACUUUCUUAAUCACAGACCGCUGGAGGGGCCCCUAAGCUGGGAGCUCGCGGGGCCCGACGUACCAGAGUUUUACCUAAGGGGGCCACACCCCAGUCCGGGUGUAGCAGUGCACAGCAGACGCGAAACCAGCGACGAAGAGCAAGAGAACCGGGGCAGGAAGAGGAACGGAGAACCCGAGGAAUGUUCAUCCACCAACAUGAAGAAAUCCCACAGAACAGAAUCGGAAGAAUCAGGGGAUAGUGAUUCCUCACCUUCUCCUGAGCAGACCCCAAGGAAGAGUGUACUUGGCACGUAAGGAAACCAGGUGAGCAGGUGCCAGCUCGUCCCUCCUCCAGUGCCGGCUGACUCCUGCCCACUCAGCCUAUGGACUCUGUCACUGGUGGGAAAUCUCUCAAGCACUGAUACAGAGUAACACUACAGAGCCCGGGCAUCAGAUGUAGCAUUGUGCAAUUAGGCACCUUCUCCAUUUCACUCACUACCUGUGUAUUCUCCAUCUCUCCCCAUGUAGCACAUACAUUCUUUUAGAGGGGGUUGAGGAUUGAAACGGGUUUCACCCUGAUCUGAGUGAAGAGAACUAUUAGGGGCUAAUCAUAAGAUUUCGUAAAGAUCUUUACACCUGUAGCACAAGGGAGGCAUUAACACAUUAUUUUGCACAUGCAUACCAACACAAUAUUUCUUAAGACCUCUACCCUUUGGUUUGUGGUUAAAUAAAUGGCCCUAAAGUAACGAACAAAUUAACACAUACUUAUUUUUAAUUCCCUACAAUAUAUAUUAUUUUGUAAGUUAACUUAGCUGUGUGGCAAAAUACUGGCUGUUUAUAUUUGUUUUGUACAGACCUUUCAGACGAGCCACAGAGAGUAAAACUUGUGCCACUGCAUGCUAUUUUAAUAGCAAAGAAAUUGCAGUGAAAUUCCACAUUUUAAUGGAUUACAUAUAUUAAAAGUGAAUAUAUAAAAAAUGAAGUUAAUUUUUUUUAGAAUUUUGAUUAUAUUUUUAUUUGGGCUUAAAGUUAUAUUUAUUUUUAAACGAGAAAUCCUACUUUUUAUUUUUUUAUUGUCCUAAUAAUAUUUAUAUUUUAAAGAUUUCCAGUUAUAUUGCUUGUAAAUUCAUUUGAACAAUUCGACAAUCUAGCCACAGCUUAAAGAAAUAUGAAAACGGGUUAAAAUCAACAUUAGACAUGAAAAAUCUUUUAAGUAACCAGUUUAAAUUAAAAAAGGGGUCAUGUAGAACACUAAUUCUUCAGCAGACAUUAAUAGCACUUAGAAUUUGUUGCUAAACAAAUUUAAUUAUAAAAUGAACAAGAUAUUUACUAUACAUUUCUAGAAUUUUGUACGUCAAUACAAAUGUCACAUAGUAUAGGUAAAAUGCAAUUAUUAUUAUUUCAAUUCUAAACAUUAUCAUAUAAAUUGUUUGCAAAAAUUCUCAUUCUACACCAUUCUCCAUUAAAAUCUACAACCUUUUCCAAGGGGAUAGAAUCAAUCUUUAUAAAAAAAAAAAAAUGUAACAUAAAGUUUAUAAAUUUUAUACUUCCGCCUUCAAAAAUUAGAAAUACAGUAUAUAGUGAGAUUCUAUAAUAUUGUUUUAUCAUAUUACAUUAUAUUCACACACUAAAGAUAAUGUUAAGUUAAGAUUAUCAUCCCAUCUUUAGUAAAAAAAAAAGUAUGUAAAAUUGCAUAGGAAAUUAGUUACUAUUCAAAUAUACAUUGCUUGGUACAAAUACACAGGCUGAAUUACUGAUGUAUUCUGUUCAGUGUUUCUGACUCCCAUAAUGUUGGCACUUCUGCCCUAGGUACAUAUUAUUUUUAUAUAUAUAUAAUUAGGUAGGUAUUGUGUUUCUUGCCUCCCAGUUGCUAAAAGGUGUUAGCUCCACAGUGUUUUUUUUUUUUUAUUACAUUUUUUAUGUGUGUGUAUAUAUAAAUAUAUAUAUCUUAUUUUGUAUUUUUUUGUUUUGUUUUUGUUUUUACAUGGUUUGCAAAUAUUGGUCUUAUGAACACUGGCAACAGCUGUUUGAUAGGAGUUUGGUUGUAAGCUUUAUUCUUUGAGUGAGUGCGCCUGCUCACAAUUCAACACAAUAUUUUCCGUUACAUAAGGAUAGAUUUGCAUUCCUUGUCAAUAUAGCCAAUUCCCUCCUCACCAGUAGGACAAGGGUUAAAUACAAUGGGUUACGCGUAUAGAGGUAAAAGUCAAGUCAAAUAUUUCUAUCUGUAUUAAUAAAAAUGUUAUUUUGGAAACAAUAGGACAUUUUUAUACUGCUGUUAAAUUGCACCAUGAUGGCUUCACUUUUGCCUUUAUACUGACCAACCCAUUGGCACUCAAUCUUUAUAAUCAACAUUUAUUUAGGUCAAUUUCCAGAUGCACCCCUCACCCGGCAGUAUGACUGUAACACUGUUGGGUCGGAGAGGGGUCUGCAUAGCCUCUGUAUGUAGCAUACUGAAGUCGACAGGUUUGAGGUUUGUGUGCGUAUUGCUGUGUAAAGACACUGAGAAAUUAUACUAACUUAUUUAUAUAAAGAAAUUAAAUUGUUUAAUCUAGAGAAUGAUUUUUGUUUUUCUCAGAAAAAAGCCAAAGCGGCAGAAUUGGUUGCAUCUGUAAAUGCUGUAUUUUUUACAAUUUUUUUUUUUAAUUUUUUUUGUUGUUGUUGCAAAUGUAGCUUUUAUGACUUUCUUUUGUAAUAAUUUGGCAGUUUAAAGGAUUGCAGACUGAGCCAGAAGUCUUAUAAAUAUUAUGACACUUUUUUUUUUAAUGGUUUUGCAAGAAGUCCGAUUUCUGUUUAUACAUCAUGGAAUCAUUUACAGAAAAUAAACCCUUACAGCAA